UCGGCGUCCAACACUAUCGUCAAGACGCGACUGAAUGGCUGGUAUAACUGCUAUGACUACACCUUCUCCGACGAAGGAAGCCCAAACGAAGAGGAAUCCGAGUGUGCCACCUUCAAUGCACCGCUGUGCUACCCUGGAAUCUGUGAGACGCCAGAGUUCGCCGACCCGACGAUCGACGUCUUCGUGAAGCGCAUGCCGGCAACGAACGGUGAUCCCAAGACCACUACGAACGUCUGGCUCCUGCAAGGUGGUCCCGGAUACUCCUCCUCU